AUGGAAAGGUUCCUCAAAAUGCAACCUCUUACUUUUGCUGGGAUCAGCAAGGAUACCCUGUUACCUGUCAAAUGGGUGAAGGAGAUGGAGAAAGCCUUCAAAUUCCUUGGUUGCAAUGAGCAACAGAAACUCACUUGUGCUAGAUAUAAGCUACAAUACGAAGCAGAGGCUUGGUGGGAGACCAUUAAGCCUAUUUUGCAUGCAGCACACCCUAUCCUAACUUGGGACAUUUUCAAACAAGCCUUCUUUGGGAAUUAUUUUCCCACCAGUAUGAAGAAGAGGAAAGAAAUUGAACUGGCUGAAUUGGUUCAGGGAUCGAAGUCAGUGCUGGAGUAUUCGCAGAAAUUUGAAGAGCUAUUCUUCUUUGCUCCCCCUCAUAUGGGUAAUGAUGAAGCUAAAGCACAAAAGUUUGAAGAUGGGUUGAGGCCACAGAUUGCCUCGAUAAUGGCCACCAUACCGACCCAGGGGUACUCAGAGACCGUACAAACCGCCAAGAAGAUUGAGGAUAAGCAGAGGGAUGCUUAUCAUAUUAGUCAGUCCUCAGGCAAAAGAGCAACGCCAUUCCCUGACAGAGGAUUCAACAAGUUUAGCAAGUUUUCUAGACCUAGUGCAGUCUCAUCCGUACCACAGCGAAGUGAAUCUGAGGCAUUAGUAACCUGA